CCAAGCCUGUGUUUGAACUUCUGAACCCCAUUUCAGUUCUUUGGAAUUACUCUGUACAAAAAAAAACGUACUGUAUUGGGAGAAAAAGUGCUGGCCAGCAUAUAGCCAGGACAGAUGGACAGCAUGAUUAGGGAAGGAGGAAGUACAAAUUUUGCUGAGUUCUGUUUUUUUUUUCCCUUCUUCCUGGAACUUCAUCCAUAUUGGGCAAAACCUUUUAUUUGUCCAGCCAUAACCACAGAGCUUCCUGGCCAGUUCAGGAGAACUAGGCUUUGAUGGACACCCCUAUAAAAGGAGACUAAGGAGCAGACUUAGUGAGAGGGGGGACCAACCAGCAAGUUUUUCCCUCUCCUUUUGUCAAGCCAAGAUUGCUGAAGCCAUGACAGCAAUGAUGAUCCUACACCUGUUUUCUUGUUUAAUACUACUCUGUGGUCAUGGCAGAGCCAGAUUCCAGGGGAAACAGUUCAUCACAGCUUUUAUGCAAAAUUAUGAGUCAAGGGGCACUGUAGAAACAAGCUUGCAGCUGUUUCUCACUGGUUACAACAAUUCCACUCCAGUCACUGUGACCCUGGCCAAAACUUCCACACAGAAAAGCUAUGUGCUCAAUGAAGGUGAAAUGAUGCCUAUUGAUAUCCCAAUCACUGCAGAGAUGAAAGGCAGUGGUAUAUUUGAUCAAUCGGUCUUGAUUCAGGCUGGCAAGGACAUUUCUGCUGUAUUGUACGACAGGAAGAAGUAUUCUGUUGGAGCCACGACUCUGUAUCCGGUCCAUGAACUUGGCACAGAAUAUUACAUCAUCACUCCAGCGGGUACCAAAGCAACAGGCUACUUAAAAGAAUUUGCCAUCAUCGCCUGGCAGACUCCAACAAAAGUGGAUGUCUACCUGAAAGGAACAGUCAUUUUUGACGGGCAGUCGUACAGCACAGGAAGUAAACUCACCAUCCACCUUGCAGCUUUCCAAGUUGCCCAGCUACAAAGCUCAGAUGAUUUGUCCGGCACCAGGGUUCUGUCAUCCGCGCAAGUGGCAGUCUUAAGUGGGCACGUCUGUGUUCAGCAAAACUAUUACUGUGAUCAAGUCGUUGAACAGCUCUUGCCAGUCUCUAGCUGGGGUACCACCUUCAUCGUUCCGCCUGUGUUCAUCCAGGACAGCGGUGAUACCGUCUAUGUAGCUGCAUCUCAGACCACUCGCGUUCAUUAUCAAGUAGGGAAAUCAAAAAGCUAUCAUGACAUGGUGGCUGGCGAAGUACUCCAGCUUGAAAUACAUGCACCCCAAGCCUUAUACAUCUCUGCCAAUGCUGGAAUCCAGGUCCUUUUAUUCUUCCCUGGCAUCACGGUAGGAGUCAAAGGCUACGAUCCAUUCCUCAUCAACGUUCCAUCCAUAUCAAGUUAUGGCCUGUCCUACUACAUUAACGGACUGGACAAGUUUGGGAACUAUAUCGUUAUCAUAGCAAAGAGCUCUGAAAUCAGUAGCAUUACUGCAGACAAGGCAGCUAUCACGGGCAUUCAGUGGACAGAGGUCCCUGGUUCAGACUAUUCCUGGGGUGAAGGCGAAUGGGCCACCACAACAAAAACCAUCUCUCUGGAGCAUCCCAGAACACCCUUUGGUGUCUUUUUCUUUGGUACCAGAAACUACGAAGGCUUUGGUUUUGCUCCACCACCUCUUGAGUCACUUGAUUCUUCUCCGGUCUUGCCUCCUGUCGUCAUCCCCUUGACCUGUCCCAAGAACAGCCACUAUGAAGCCUGUGGAAAUGCCUGCCCAGCCACCUGCGCGGAUCGAGCAGCUCCCUCCACCUGCAAAAAGCCCUGUGCAGAAAUCUGUCAGUGCGAUGACGGCUACGUCCUUAGUGACGAGACAUGCAUCCCGGCCAUGAGUUGUGGAUGCACAUACAAAGGUGUGAGCUACAAGGCAGGAGAAGAGUUUUGGGGGGACGAAGACUGUCACACAUUGUGCAGGUGUGAACCCCGAUUAGGCCGGGCAGUGUGCAUGAAGUCCUCAUGCAAGGGCAAGAAGAAAUGCACCAUGCUCAACGGAAUCCGAGGCUGCCAUGAUGUCACGUAUAGCACCUGCAUAGCAUCUGGAGACCCACAUUAUCUCACCUUCGAUGGAAAGAAAUACGAUUUCAUGGGGUCCUGCGUUUAUCAGAUGGCAGGGGUCUGCAUCGAACAUCCCAAUCUCACACCGUUUUUGGUCACCGUUGAAAAUAAUAACCGAGGAAGCAAGGCUGUGUCCUUCACCAAAGUGGUGACUCUAGUAGUCUACAACAUGACCAUCAGCUUGAGUCAACAGUAUCCACGCAAGGUCCAGGUCAAUGGAGUUUCUGUGAACCUUCCAUUCUCCUAUGAAAAUAAACUGAAGGUCUACAUCAGUGGGGUCCAUGGCUUCAUCAAAACAGACUUUGAUAUAAGAGUCACCUUUGAUUGGCACAGCUAUGCCAGGGUCAUUCUUCCUGACAUUUAUGCUGGUUCUGUUUGCGGGCUCUGUGGCAAUGCCAAUAAAGACCCCAGCGAUGACUUCACCAUGAAGGACGGACAGCAGGCGGCGGACAUCAGUCUAUUUGCGGACAGCUGGAAGUUGAAAGAGCUUCCAGGGUGCUCAGCAGGAUGCUCCAACUGCCCAGUUUGCAGUGCAGCAGAGAAACAAAUCUAUGAGGCUGACCGUUACUGUGGAAUCCUCAGAAGGAAGAAUGGCCCAUUCAGGCAAUGUCAUGCUGCCAUUGACCCAACAUACUAUUUUGACGACUGUGUCUUUGACGCUUGCCAAUACAGGGGUCAACAUGAAGUUCUGUGCAGUGCCAUCAGUGCAUACAUGAUAGCGUGCCAAGCCCAGGGUGUCCAGAUUGAACAAUGGAGAUCAUCUUCCUUCUGCAGCCUUUCUUGCCCACAUAAUUCCCACUAUGAAGUCUGUGGAACUAGCUGCCCGGGCACAUGCCACAACUUUUCCACUCCAAAAAGCUGUCAUGCUCCAUGUAUCGAAGGAUGUUUUUGUGACUCUGGAUUCAUCCGCAGCGGGGAACGGUGUGUCCCUCUUUCUGAGUGUGGCUGUGUCCAUGAAGGCAGGUACUACCAGAAAGGAGAGGAAUUCUACCCCAGCACUUUUUGCCAGGAGAAAUGCCAGUGCACGGACAACAGCUUCAUCGAGUGCCAACAGUUCUCCUGUGGACCUCACGAGGUGUGCAGCACAAUGAAUGGGGUCCAGGGCUGCCACCCUGAGGGAUAUGGAACAGCCACAGUGUAUGGUGACCUACAUUAUAUUUCCUUUGACGGAAGAAGUUUCAACUUGCGUGCCUCCGGCUCGUAUGUCUUCGCCAAAAUCUUUAGCGAGGAGGGUGACCAGCGAAUGAAGUUCUCUGUGGUGGUGGAGUAUGAGAAACUUGAGGAUGGGACUUCCACUUUAAUAAAAUCUGUUGUGGUCUAUACUGAUGAACAUACCAUUGUCUUGGAGAGAGGAAUGCAAUGGAAAGUUAUGGUGGAUGAAGAACUCUACAAUUUGCCACUGAUUAAAGAUGAUGGGAAGCCCUGGAUCACUCAGGAAGGGAACAAUAUCAUUAUUAGGUCUUCUGAUGGAUUCAAAGUCAUCUAUGACACGUCCUCCUAUGUCCAGGUUACCAUUCCCCUCUCUUACCAAGGAGAGGUGCAGGGUCUUGGUGGCAAUUUCAAUGGCGAUAGUACUGAUGACUUCAUGAUGCCCAACGGAACUCUGGCAGCAAGUGUGGUGGACUUUGGGACCUCUUGGCAUGUGCCCGUUGGCGGCGUCGGUUGUUCCGAUGGCUGCACUGUUGAGGAACCUCUUCCUUUUGAUCCAGACAAGGUGGCAGUUUAUGAGGAAGAGUGUUCUUGCGGAAUGAUCAAAGAUGAGACGGGGCCAUUCACGGAUUGUCACACAUUUGUGAGCCCUGCUGAGUACUUUGAGAACUGCCUGUCUGACAUGGGGGCCAGUGGGGCACGACACGUCCUCUGCCAAAACCUUCAAGCCUACACAGCUAGGUGUCAGGCAGCUGGAGCUGAGGUCAAGGCAUGGAGAACAGCUUCCUUCUGUCCCAUCAGCUGCCCAGCCAACAGCCACUAUGAGAUCUGCACUACACUUUGCGAUGCCAGCUGUGCCAGCUUGUACGCGCCAUUCCAGUGCACUAGAAAUUGUUUUGAAGGCUGCCAGUGCAAUGACGGCUACAUGGUUGAUGGAGACACCUGUGUGCCUAUAGACAGGUGUGGCUGUAUGCAAGAUGGACUUUACCUCAAGGCUGGAGGAAGUAUUCUCUCGAAGAACUGCACAGAGAAAUACACCUGCAAUGCUCCUGGCCGGGUGACCCUAAAGGCAACCGGCUGCCGAUCUGAUGAAAUCUGCUCCCUGAGGAGAGGCGUGUGGGCCUGCGAGCGCAGAGAAGGCCAGUGCAAACUCAACCUCACGGCCCGGCUCACAUCUUUUGAUGGGGCCUCUGGAAAUUACCUCUGCAGCGGUGUUUAUGAUGUGGCUUCCGUUUGUGACGAAAGCUCCCUCUCCUGGUUCAGAGUGGCUGUGAGCAUCGGAAAGGACAGUGAGGAUGCCUUGGUUGUCGGGAGGGCUGCCUACAUUUACUUCCGGGAAGCAUCCAUCACCCUGAAAAACAACAACAGGGCAUGGGUGAAUGGGCGCUCUGUAAAGCUACCACAUCAAGUCUCCAAAGACAUAUCCGUGAGAGAGCUUAAGAAUGGCAUCUUGGUUGACCGAGCCUCUCAGGUGCAGGUUCAUCUUCACCUCAAUGGAGAAGUGACCGUGAAAGUCAAGGAGAUGUUUGCAGAGAAGCUGUGCGGCCCAUGUGGAAAUUUCAAUGAGAAUGGCUCUGAUGACUUAAGGCUGCCCAAUGGGGACUUUUCGGUGAAUAUUGCUGAGGUUCUCCAUGCCUGGAAUGCUAAAGACUUCUAAAAUUUUUGUUCAGCAGUACCGGCAAGUUUGUCUCAUAGUAUAUAAUCUCUGCAAUGGUCUCUCUUCUCAAGGACCACACUUCCCAUCUGCAUUUAAUAAAAGGAUACCAGUAACCUCAAGAGAACAACCCUACAAUACAAGAAACAACUGUGCAAAUAUCUGAAAAGGCUUCUAUUUUUUUAUUGUCACACUGAGAUCCUAGUGAGCUUCAGCUAACACGAUUGUUUUCAAUAAAAAUAAUCCCUCAUUGGUCAUUUUCUUGCAAAGAAAUAAAUGCUGGCGCAACUCAGCAGAAUAAAACGACAUUGAUCAU